UUUCCACUCAUUAUUUCUUUGCAGCGGGUGUUGAUUUGGCGAUUAAUCCUGUUGCUGAGCGGUGGUUGGUCCCCUGAAGAUAAAGGGGUAUUGGGGGUGGGUUGUCCGUCUGGGUGGUUGCAGGAGCGGUCGACACGUACAGUUACCUACCUGUACGUGCCCAUUUGAAUGUCACUCAGGAGAAAGUUGGGUGGAUGGGUUGUGUGACCGUCAUUGCCUCCCUUGUAUUAUUGUAUACCAACCUAACCCGUAGAAUAAUAGAAAUCUUGGGGCGACAACUGAUCCGAAGUUAGGGCGCACAGUUAGCUAAUUUUUGUUAAGUCAUGAUCUAAAUGUAUUCCCAUGUAAUUCGUUUGUGGUAUUUCAUGCCACUGCUCACCCAGCCUUGGGGCCCGUUUCGCGAGUGGGUGCGUGUGGAGGCUGUUUCUUUCCGGGAAGAUUGCCAACCAGAAGAAUUAACACAUGGUUCCCAAUCCCCUUGUAGCGUUGACAAGAGCCUCGCGGUUGUGAUGGGUGUUGGUUUGUUAGGCUUCUUAUUAGGCACCAGCCAACCUGAAGAUGGCUCCCUUGUCCGAUAAUAUUAAUACCACGAUAUCAUGGGAAAAAUGGUUCCAACAUUGUUGGAGAGUUGAGGGAAGGAUGAAUAACAGCCAACAGCGAUCUCGUUUACGUAGAAAAAUUCACGUGAAAAGAACUGCCCGAGCUGAGUCUGAAUUUUUAUCCUUGGGAAGGAUCGAUGAGUUUUUACGAAAGACGGGCUCUCAUUGGUGCGUGUACGCGUGCACAGAGGCCAACCUGACGCGACCAAAAGUUGAAUCAAGAAGACCCAAACAGGAGCCGCCCCUUUGUUCCAGAUGUGCGGCAAUAAAGCAGCAACGGCCGGAUAUCCUCUCUGGCGCUCCUGGGCGGCAGUUUAGAGGAAAUGGGCCGAGAAACACCGUGCCUGAUUUGGGUAUUGAGAGGAAGUAUUUUGAUGUUACAAAGAGUAAACGGUUUCAAAACAGGGAAUCAUUACAGCACGUGUUCAGCUGCUGCAUGGUUGAGAAGAGAUUGUGGCUCAAUACAGCGUAAUACGUUGAACGGGGUCCAGGACGUAAUGCUGUCCUUAGCAAGUAUGGACGGUGUGGGUCUGACUCAUACAGGCCGGACCAAUCCAGAAAGCGGAAUAGCACCUCAUCAGAAAAAACCCUGCAGUCAGGUUGAAAAUAUGAUGUAGGUGAUCAAGCCGCUGAUUGGUGCGACUGACGCUCGUUGAUCGGACGAUCCAGUAACUUUGACUGCAAAAGUGGAUAGUGUGUCUUGGCAGGUCAAGAGGGGUGACCCAAUGAGGUAAGCAAACGACGCUGCUUGAAGCAGCACGAGCGCAGCGACCAGUGCUGCUGGGCUAUUGCAGGCGGAGGCCAUGACAGUCCUGGCCGCGGCGCCACAGUAAGGGGUGGCGAGGGGCGUGUGUACAAGCGAAACGCCGUGCGGCCAAGGACCAGCGUGACCACAGUGACGGGGAAACGGGCGCAGUAUAAAAGCAGGCGUCCUCCCACUUUUCUGGUUCUCGUCUGGAGUCUUGCUCUGUUCUUGGCAUCGUCCGGAACGUCAACAUCACCUCCCUUUUGGUCCGCCUCUCUCUGUCCCUCCUUACCCCCGCUUCUCCGCCCCCCUCUAUAGAUUCCGCCGUACUCUUCCUCCCUUCUCCUUUUCCCCUUUCCCUUACCUCGUAUUCCAGAGAGUGACGGAGGGCUAUUCAUUCUCAGCUCGCACCAAAACCAUUAACAGCGCGACGGGGAGUAGUUGCCAGGACUUAACGAGAAAAUUAUCCCGUCACACCUUACAUAUAUAUAUAAAAGCGGAAGACCCAAAAAUAAAAUUGAAAAAAAAGAAAGAAAAAAAAGAAACAAGGAAAGAAGAAACAAGGAAAGAAAGAAGAAAGGGGGAACGAACGGAACUUAUCUUAGGUGUUCUACUUUUUAUUUUCGUUUCAUUCGCGUGGUAUUUGCGAAAAUCCUCAACACGCGCUCCUUAACAAAUUUAGAUCAAAAAAAAUCAUUCGCCAUCGCGGUACCUUUUGUCUCUGAUAGCUCCUGCAUUCGCUUGUCAAGGGUCACCACCCUGCGACUGUCGUCUUAGCACACCCAGUGAUAUAUUUAAUUAUUUCAUUGUUUUUGUCUUUCCUUUUAGUUCUUUAAUCUUUCUGUCUCUGCUUGCGACUCUGCGACUUUGCGACUUUUAUACUGUCGUCGCCGCCUUGGAUCCUAUCGAAAACCGCUUGCUUUGUCAAGGCUUUCUGGCACUGUCUCGACAUUGAUACAGCUCUCGCUGUCCUCCGUGCGCAUCCAGACAAGCUAUCUGUCUGGUUUUCGCCGCUCGAAUUCGGACGGUUAUAUCUUACCUUGCCUCCUCGUUCUUCCUGCGCAAUUCUCAUCCGUCACGUCAUCACUUGACACAUCGUGAAAGCGGAAGAGGAGCCCAGUGGUAAUAUCCGGCUUCGUCGCAGCGCAUCGCUCACAGCAUACAUCCACAGUUGUCGUCUGGUUGUAUUAUUGUCGGGGGAGACAUUGAGUUGUUUAUCUCCCGCAGAUCCAAACGACAGUUCUAGAUCGUUCUGCAACCAGACCCAUCCUUGCACACACUCAAUUCUCGAAUCAUAUCCCACACAAUAUGGAUUCUCUUACCACUCAUCCCUCGACUGCAGAGCAGGCGAAGGCGUUUACUUCUCCAGCUUCGCUAUCGUUCCCAGGCGGCGCUGGUGACUUGACUCCACCAUCAUCAGAGAAGGAACCAGGGCCGGUACACGGGUUGCAACAAGCGAAUGGUCAACUACAGGCGGGAAAUGCCACUACCGGCAACGGGGUGACACCCGCAACCCCUGCUGCAACUCCAGGAGCCGGUGCCGGUCCUGGAGUUAGCGGUAUUGUACCUACUUUACAAAACAUUGUUGCUACAGUCAACCUUGACUGCCGUCUGGAUCUGAAGACCAUUGCGCUUCACGCUAGAAAUGCGGAAUACAACCCAAAGCGUUUCGCUGCUGUCAUCAUGCGCAUUCGCGAACCGAAGACCACCGCCCUUAUUUUUGCCUCGGGUAAGAUGGUCGUUACCGGUGCGAAAUCUGAAGAUGAUUCCAAGCUCGCUUCGAGAAAAUAUGCUCGUAUCAUCCAGAAGCUGGGGUUCAAUGCGAAGUUUACGGACUUCAAAAUCCAGAACAUUGUUGGGUCUUGCGAUAUUAAGUUCCCCAUCCGAUUGGAGGGACUUGCCAGUCGCCAUCACAAUUUCAGCUCCUACGAACCUGAACUCUUCCCUGGCCUCAUCUAUCGUAUGAUGAAACCGAAAAUUGUCCUACUGAUCUUCGUCAGCGGCAAGAUUGUUUUGACGGGAGCCAAAGUACGAGAGGAGAUCUAUCAAGCCUUCGAAAUGAUCUACCCUGUCCUUGCUGACUUCCGCAAAGGUUAAUUCGUUGCUACUUCCUCCUUACAUCAAGUCCACGCACCACAUUAUCUGAAAACAUCCGUUACCACCUUGUAUUAACAGUUUUUCUUGUCGACCAUACUUCUCUGGUUGGAUGGAGCAUGCAUCACGUAGUUCCCACCUUGCGUGGUGGACAUCCUAAUCCCUGGUUUGAGCUUUGCUCAACUAAACCACAAAAAAAUUUCCCACACCCACCGCGCCACCAUUGACGGAGGAGGAACUGCUUGUCUUCUUUCUGUGUUUUCCAGUCAUGCAUUUACAUGGAGUUAUAGCGAAUUGCUUCUAUUUUUUUUUUUUUUUUUGCCUUCUCCUUUGACGGCUCCAAAGUGUCUUUUAUCAAUGUUCCUGUUUCUGUUACUACGUACACAUUAGAAAAAGUCGCGGUUUUUCCCCCGCAGACCUGAUGGGUGGGGCGCUCGGGCGCAAUAUAUUCGAGAUUAAUGGGAUGGGUUCUUCUGUUCUCUUUUUUCUUCUUUUCAACGUGUGUUUCCCAUUUUUUAAUCAUGCUUUCUCCUUCUCUCCCUUCCUCACAUACCAUAUGACGAGGCUUCUAAAUGGUACGGUUUUCUGCGUUAUCCCUCUUGUUUUGUCGCCAUCGACAUGUGGGAGACGGUGACUCAUUUUACAAACUCUAGAUUCGCCUGUUUUCUAUUUUGUUCCUUUUUUUAAAAAUAAAUUGAAAUCCCCUUCUAUUUAAAAGGUCUGUCUUCGGCCAUGAACAUACCUACCUUUUGCCUUUUUUUCCGUUAUUUCCUGCCCUAAAAAAACGUCGCCUCUUUAUCACGUUUCCUCACUGCUGCAUCUUCGAUUUUCGCCUCUUCGAUUGAAUAACAUUUGUACUUGCAUUCUGGUGCCAGAGGAGGAGAGAUAUAGGGUGCGCCGAUUGGAGGUUGAUGGCAAUAAAAAGAUUGCUUAGCAAAAAAUAAAUUUAACUGGAGAAUAUGAAUAAAUCAACUAAUAUGGUGGAUGAUUUGAAAAUUUUACGUCUCCUUUUGUUAACUAUUUGAAUCGUUAGAUUUAGUGACAUGUCUAAGAUCUAUCUAAUUGUUAAACUUUUGAGGGCUUUCUGGUAGAUAGGCUAUGUAUCCCUACGCAUAUAUAUCCAUCCAUCCCAUCCAUGUCUAUCCACACGCGCCUUGUGUCAAGACUGAUUUUAUUUUGUUCUUGUUUUCCUGGCCCUUUCACUACGCUGGCUGUUCCUAUCCCAAACAUCCCAUCCAAGGUGCAACAUCCACUCAAGUUAAUAAAUAACAUAUAUUUAUAUCUACCAAUCAAAUGGAGACCCACCUACUACCACCUACAUUCUACAGUAUAACAUCCUCAUGCUCUAUAAUCACCCUUCAACCACAGUCUGCUUGAUUCAUGCACUUCAUUUCAGGCGCCAAAGAGAGGAGAAGUCAAGGCAAUAACAGCAACCAACGAACGCAUAACAAAAGUCGAUAAGGCAUAGAUAUAAAGCCCAAAUAAAACCAAAACAACCAACUCGUCCAUCAGAAUCAACCCCUUUGGACCGGACCUGCUCCCGUCCUCCGUCCACACAACGGUAGCAGUCUCAGGAUCAUCAUCACCUUCCGCACCGCCAAUGGCGCCAGGCCAACGCCACAGUUCCCGUAAGUCAUGAUCCAAGCGACCCUGGACAGCA